UUACACCUGUGGAUCGAAUGUCAUCUCCUGUCAGGGAAAGGUCAAAUGAUGGCGAGUUGGAUGAGUAUUAGUAGAGACAAUGGUCUGUGGUAUUACAGAUGUAGCAUGAUGCUGGAACCUACCGUACCAAAGUUAGCGUACAGGUCAGAGGUCAACAUCGAUGUCAACCAGGUUAUUCAUAUAGAAACUAUACACAUCAAAUGCGAACCAAAGAUUGAACGCUAUUGCCGAUGUAGCUUAGCAUCAGACAGAAAAAUUACCAAAAUGUCCCAAAAUAUACACUAUUCCACCAAGUUCAUUGCGUUUAAACACGUACAUGUUCAAUCAAACAAAGGAAGGCCGAUAAUUUACAACAAUGAGGUCAAGGUCAGCCUGACCUGUCCAAAACUUACAGAAGUUUAUCACUCCCAGGCAAUCCAGGUUCCGCCAAUGAACAGUCAGUCUGAUGUAAACAACAAUAUAUCCGUCUACAGUGAUGACGACACUUUGAGCAACGACACUAUCGAUUUUCCGCAGAUAUCUGGAAACCCUCUGACCAUGUCGACUCCCAUUCUGGGCAGGCAUUUAUCGGAGAGAAACCCUAGAAUAUUUGAAAACGAUUCCAUAUCCUACUUGUAUGAACACGAUUCUUUAGAUUCAUUAUUCAGCAAGGAUUCCACUAUGUCUGGAGACGAUAUCACAGACUUCCAGACACCACAGUUCAGAAACGAGGUGCUCAUUCUUGGGUUAAAUAGUAAGAAAAAGAGGUAUGCAAACACUGCUAAAUUAUUGAAAGGAAUCCUUAAAAAAAGACCACAAUAA